AUGUCAACAGCUACACAGUUGGGGAUAUCAGAAAGAGAAUAUGAAGAAGCUUUAGCUGUAGAAAAAUUAUUUUUCAUAUCCUCAAGAGAAAGAUGUAAUUAUUGUAAUAAUGGAAAAUCAACGUUUGUUGAUACAUAUAAUUAUGAAUUUUUAUGUGAUAAAUGUUCAUAUAAAAGUAAACACAAAAAAAAGAUUGGAGAAGAUUCUAUAAGCUAUUAUGAUGUUCAAAAAUUAGAGCGCAAAUUUGGGGAUGCUUCUUCAAGUUAUAAUAACAAUAAUAGUAGUAAUUAUAACAAUUAUUAUAAUAAUAAACAUAGUCGAAAGUCAAAUAAUCAUCAUCAUCACCACCAUCAUGAUAAAAAAGGAAAAUCAAAAAGUAGACAUUCAUCAAGCAAAAAAUAUGUAGAAGAACUUUCAAAUGAUGAUAAUAGUUCCUCAUAUUCAUAUGAGGGAAAAUCAAGAAGAGAAAAGAAAAAAAAAAAAGAAAGAGAAAAAUAUAGAGAAAAGGAUAGAGAAAAAGAUAGAGGUAGUGAUAGGGACAGAAAAAAAGAUAAAUAUAACAGUAAUAGUAGUAAUAAUCAUAGUAAUAAAGAUAAAUAUUAUAGUAAAAAGAAAAAAAAAAGUGUCGAAUCCAAUGAUGACUUUGAUGAUGAUUUUUGUCUAAAUGAUUAUUAUGAUCAUACCACCCCUGGUAUGAUGGGAAUUAUGAAUUCAAAUAACUUGAACAGUUCAGAUUUUACUAAAAACUGUAGUAUCUUGGAUAGCAAUUUUCAAGAUUUUGAUAAUAAUAAUGGUUCUGGUAGUCAUAUAAACUAUAAUCAGAUGAAUGAUAAUAAUUUUAGCGAUUUUAACGCAGUCAGUAAUAAUAAUAUAAGUCAUACUAAUAAUUUAUCUUUUGAUCAUCCGCAUUUUACUAAUGAUAAUUAUAGUAAUUCAAAAUAUAUGAACACUCCAAAUAAUGAAUUAGUCAAUCUUAAUAAUAAUCCCUUAUCGCUGGACGAUUUUAAUCCUAUGCAUUUCAAAAGUAGUAGGAAUUUUUCAAAUAACUUUAACAUGCAAAUGAGUGAUGAGAUGGAAUUAAAUAAAGUCAAAUACAGUAACAAUAUAAAUGGUAGUACUAGCAGUAGUAGAAAUAAUAACAUUAGUAAUUGUAAUAGUAAUAAAGUAAGCUUGCAUGCGUACGAUCCGUUUGAUAGCGGCAUUAGUUCCGCACACAAUGACAAAAGUAGAUACAGUCAUAAUAAUCGUAGUAGUCAUAGUAAUAAUAAUAUUGUGGACAACUUAAAUUACUUUAACAAUUUGAAUUUUCCUAGUAACACUCAUCAAAACAGUAUGAACAAUAGAUUAUAUAUAUUGAACAAAAGGAAUUCGUUAAAUCCCAGUUUUCCUCAAAGUAAUAAUUCCAAUUCAUUAUACAACCAAUACUCAUUGGGGACAAAUCCAUAUGCGUUAAGUAAACAAAAUAUGAUAAAUGGAAAAAUGCUUUACGAUAAUAAUAAGAAUUAUAACACGAAUAAUAAAAAUAUCACUUCUUUUAUGUUAAACAGUAGUCAUAUGAGCAAAUCGAAUAGUAAUAAUAAUAUGAAUAAUAUUAAUAAUUGUGGUCUAGACCCACUAGAUUCAAAUAUGAACAACUUGUUUAGCUAUUGUAAGCACAAUAAUAUAAAUGAGCUAAAAACAUGGAAGAAUGAUGGUAACACGCAUAUUAAUAAUAAGAACAAUAAUAAUAAUAAUAAUAGUAUGUAUAACUCAGAUUUUUCACCUGUUACUGUAUCGGAUAAAAACCCAUUCUCCCUUCAGAAUAUUAUAUCAAAUACAAAAAAUAAAGAUUCACCCAGUUACACUAAUUCUUUAGCGGAUGAUAUGUAUAGGAACUUAUAUAAGUAA